CUUUGAAUUUUACUUCUUCUCUCUCACUCACUGAUUCAUAACCGAAGCAGAAAAUUGAACUCCGAUGAAGAAGAAGUUACUGCAACCAAUCACAAAACCAGCGGUUUCUUCACUCCUCAACCCUUUCCUCCCACCGCCACCAGAAGCAGUGGCAUCUCUUCCUCCUCCUCCAACUCUCACUCUCACUCCCACCCCUCACUACGACCGUUUCCUCCACUUCCUCAGCAACCACCUCUCUCCACCUUUCACCGCCGACACCCUCGUCCACUUCCUCAAAUCGAAGCUCCACCACCACCCUUCCUUCACCCACUACGACUUCCACAUCUUCACCUGGGCCUCUUCCCUCCCCACCUUCCGCCACACCCACUCCUCCUUCGAAUGGAUGGCCCGCACCCUCGCCGUCACCCAGCGUUUCCCCCACCUCCGCACCCUCCUCACCUUCAUCGCCUCCAACCCUUGCCCCUGCUCCCCCGCCAUCUUCUCUUGCCCCAGAACCGAACCCAUCUUCCGUUUCGCCAUUCACGCUUUCUGCAAUGCCUCCAAGCUCGACGACGCCCUCUUCGCCUUUCGCUCAAUGCGGAGGUUGAUCGAUGGCAGGCCACAUGUCUCCGUCUGCAACAUUCUGAUUCACGGGUUUGUCAAAUCCGGUAGGCACGAUAAAGCUCUUGAGUUUUACAAUGAGAUGGUUAGAGAUAGGGUGAAGCCUGAUGUUUUUACUUUCAAUAUCUUGAUCAGUAGUUAUUGUAAGAAUUCGCAGUUCGGAUUGGCCUUGGAGAUGUUUAAGGAGAUGAAGAAAAUGGGGUGUGAUCCAAAUGUGGUUACUUUCAAUACUUUGAUUAAGGGGUUGUUUAGGGAGGGAAGGGUUGAGGAAGGGAUUGGGAUGGCUCAUGAGAUGAUUGAAUUGGGGUGUCAAUUUUCCAUUGUCACUUGUGAGAUUUUGGUUCAUGGGCUUUGUAAGGGAGGAAGGGUUUUGCAGGCGUGUGAAAUAUUGGCGGAUUUUUCCAAGAGGGGGGUUUUGCCGAAAGAGUAUGAUUAUUUUGAUUUGGUGGAAGCUUUGUGUUGGGAAGGAAAUGUUGAUAGAGCCUUGGAGCUUAUUUAUGAGUUGUGGGAUAGAGCAAAUGUUCCGAGUUUGAUUGCUUGUACUGUGAUGGUUGAUGGUUUGAGAAGGUCGGGGAAGACUAGAGAAGCUCGGAGAUUGGUGGAAAAAAUGCUUACAGAGGGUAUGGUACUGGAUGUUGUGACUUUCAAUGGUGUCCUUCAAGAUAUUUGUAACAAGCAAAGGACGGAAGAAGCAAAUAAUUUGAGAUUGCUUGCUACAAGCAAGGGUUUGGAACCUGAUUGCAUGACAUAUGAAAUUUUGGUUACUGGGUAUGCAGGAGAGGGCAGUCAAAAGGAAGGAGAGUUAGUGGUGGAUGAAAUGUUGGAUAGGGGGUUUAUACCUGAUCUUGCCUCUUAUAACAGGUUGAUGGAUGAGCUAUCUAAGCGUCAACGCUCUGCAUGCCUUCGACUCAACAAAUUUGGCCGCUGAAAGCCUGAAACUUCAGACAUUUGAGUUGGUUUUCUGUGCACAUUGUAAGAUGAUUGUGGAAUGACUGAGAAGUAAACCUGCAAAAAACUCAGUUGAUGGAUAAGAGUGGUUUUGCUUAAAGAUGAAGGGUUCCAGAGAUGUCUUAUUGGACCUAAGAGGGGAUGGUAAAUGGUGAUUGGGGGAUCUAAUCCCCCCACCAUAAGUCCAUAACUACAAGGAAUGCUGAAGUUGAGAAGCCAAACCCAGCUAGGCAGCAGUGCUGAAGAGUACUUCAAUGAUUGCAGUAACUUCAAUGAGACUGAAGAAUUUCAGGGGCUUAAGCUCAUUUCUUGUCACCUGUAAAUUACUGCUGGCAGUGCAGCCUCCACACACUGCAUUCUUUGAAUGCAUUAUAUUACAUGUUGCCCAGGUGAAUGGAGCUGGGUUCUGCUAGACUGCAAUCUCCUUAAUGAUCAUCACCAAGUUAGGCUCCAAUGAUCUUACCAUAUACCUUGGAAUUGGAAUCUAUGUGUUCUGGUAGAAGUAAAUUUGUUAAAAUGCAGUCACCUAAGUAUGUAUUUAGUAGUCUUCUCGGUGAUGUACAGAUGGACUAGGAAACCAAUAGAAAAAGAUUCAUUGUUA